UGGGGAGGGGACAUGCUUUCUUUCUCUCUAUCUCUCUGGCGAGCACACAUGCCCUCUGACAAAUAAAAAUACACUCAUAAAAUUUGCACCCGGAUCUAGUGCCUCAUGUACCUCAAGCUAGGCCCACCUACAGAUCUUGUCCGUACCUGGCUGUGUGACCUCGGGCAAGCUGCUUAACCUCUCAGAGCCUUGAUUUCCUCCCCAGUAGAAUGAGCCUGCUCCCCGUGGCUCCUCGAAAUUGUGAGGAGAACUCAGGAAAGACACACCUUACCGCCCCAGCUCAGUGCCUGACUGAGCAGCGGAUUUAACGAGGUUGUCCUGUGGGGAGGCCAGGCGUUGGGUCUGCGGUGGGACAAGUGGGUCCCAAAAUGGACGAACUGGCCCUGUGCUUGAGGAGAGCUGGCUCCAAUGCCUAAAACUUCCUGCUGUUUCUGUCUCCAAAAGUAACCGGCUCUUUGCCCUCCUGUCUCAGCCCACUGGCUCCUCUAGGUCCUUGGUGGCCACAUAUGGUUCUGUUAACCCCAGCAGUGGCCACCCUGGUCCCGGAACCUCCCACCACAGCUGCCCAGGGCCCUCCACCUCUGCCUCCACACACCCUCCCCUCUGCCCACUGCCACUGAAGACCGCGGCUCCCAGGCCCUCCACGCUGCCGUGAGGCCUGCACUUUGCAGGGCUGAAGUCCAAAGUUCAGUCCCUUCGCUAAGCGCACGGAUAAAUAUGAACCUUGGAGAAUUUCCCCAGCUCCAAUGUAAACAGAGCAGGCAGGGGCCCUGAUUCACCGGCCGCUGGGGCCAGGGUUGGGGGUUGGGGGUGCCCAAGGGCUUGGCUAGCGGGGUUUGGGAGGGCAGCGGGAGUCAGGGGGCCUGGUUGUGGCUGGCCGGCAGGCAGCGAGCCCUCGCUGAGGGGAGGCGGCCAGCUUGGUGGGCCCGGGCCGCGUGGCCCCGUGAGAGCAGAGCCAUGGUCUCCAAGCUGAGCCAGCUGCAGAUGGAGCUCCUGGCGGCCCUGCUCGAGUCCGGCCUGAGCAAAGAGGCGCUGAUCCAGGCACUGGGUGAGCCGGGGCCCUACCUGCUGGCUGGAGACAGGCCCCUGGACAAGGGGGAGUCCUGCGGUGGUGGUCGAGGGGAGCUGGCUGACCUGCCCAAUGGGCUGGGGGAGACGCGGGGCUCCGAGGACGAGACGGACGACGAUGGGGAAGACUUCACGCCGCCCAUCCUCAAAGAGCUGGAAACCCUGAGCCCCGAGGAGGCAGCCCACCAGAAGGCGGUGGUGGAGACCCUUCUGCAGGAGGACCCAUGGCGUGUGGCGAAGAUGGUCAAGUCCUACCUCCAGCAGCACAACAUCCCACAGCGGGAGGUGGUCGACACCACCGGCCUCAACCAGUCCCACCUGUCCCAGCACCUCAACAAGGGCACCCCCAUGAAGACGCAGAAGCGAGCUGCCCUGUACACCUGGUACGUCCGCAAGCAGCGAGAGGUGGCCCAGCAAUUCACUCAUGCUGGGCAGGGUGGGCUGAUCGAAGAGCCCACAGGUGAUGAGCUGCCAACCAAGAAGGGCCGGAGGAACCGUUUCAAAUGGGGCCCAGCAUCCCAGCAGAUCCUGUUCCAGGCCUAUGAGAGGCAGAAGAACCCCAGCAAGGAGGAGCGAGAGACAUUGGUGGAGGAGUGCAAUAGGGCAGAGUGCAUCCAGAGAGGGGUGUCACCGUCACAGGCACAGGGGCUAGGCUCCAACCUUGUCACGGAGGUACGAGUCUACAACUGGUUUGCCAACCGGCGCAAAGAAGAAGCCUUUCGACACAAGCUGGCCAUGGACACCUAUAGCGGGCCCCCACCAGGGCCAGGCCCGGGCCCUACGCUGCCUGCCCACAGUUCUCCUGGCCUGCCCCCACCUGCCCUCUCCCCCAGUAAGGUCCAUGGUGUGCGCUAUGGACAGCCUGCAAACAGUGAGGCAGCAGACGUGCCCUCCAGCAGCGGUGGCCCCCUGGUGACGGUCUCUGCACCCCUGCACCAAGUGUCCCCUACGGGCCUGGAGCCCAGCCACAGCCUGCUAAGCACUGAAGCCAAGCUGGUCUCAACAGCUGGGGGUCCCCUCCCCCCUGUCAGCACCCUGACAGCACUGCACAGCUUGGAGCAGACUUCUCCAGGUCUCAACCAGCAGCCCCAGAACCUCAUCAUGGCCUCGCUUCCUGGGGUCAUGACCAUCGGCCCCGGUGAGCCCGCCUCCCUGGGCCCCACGUUCACCAACACAGGCGCCUCCACCCUGGUCAUUGGCCUGGCCUCCACGCAGGCACAGAGUGUACCGGUCAUCAACAGCAUGGGCAGCAGCCUGACCACCUUGCAGCCGGUCCAGUUCUCCCAGCCGCUGCACCCGUCCUACCAACAGCCACUCAUGCCACCAGUGCAGAGUCACGUGGCCCAGAGCCCAUUCAUGGCCACCAUGGCCCAGCUGCAGAGUCCCCAUGCCCUCUACAGUCACAAACCCGAGGUGGCCCAGUACACGCACACGGGCCUGCUUCCUCAAACUAUGCUCAUCACCGACACCACCAACCUGAGUGCCCUUGCCAGCCUCACGCCCACCAAGCAGGUCUUCACCUCGGACCCAGAGGCCGCUGGUGAGUCCGGGCUUCACACGCCAGCAUCCCAAGCCACCACCCUCCACGUCCCCAACCAGGACUCGGCAGGAAUCCAGCACCUGCAGCCUACGCAUCGUCUUAGCGCCAGCCCUACGGUGUCCUCCAGCAGCCUGGUGUUGUACCAGAGCUCCGACUCCACCAAUGGCCACAGCCACCUGCUGCCAUCCAACCACAGCGUCAUUGAGACCUUCAUCUCCACGCAGAUGGCCUCUUCCUCCCAGUAACCAUGGUCACCGCCUCCCAGGGGCUGGGCCCUGGAGCCUGCACUGCCUGCGUGCUGCCUAGAGGACAUUCGUACCUCUGAACUUGCGCUGCCACAGGCCUGCUGCCCUCCCAAGAACCGUGCCCAUCCCCACCCUGCUCUGCCAGCACCAGGACAGGAGGGUCUGAGUGCCCCACCUGAGGAGGGCUGCUGAUUCCACUGCACAAGGAGAAAUGGGGAGCUGGGAGCCAGAGCUGUCCCUGCCAGGAUGUGGGAGGGACUGUCCCUGCUGCUUGGGACGAAAUCCCGUUAUGUGGGCAGCCUUUGACUCUGGAACCCCUAUCCUGGGCCCGGGGUGAGCCCCAGGGAACUCCAGCAGCCACACUGGUCAGGACACAGGCUGGGGC